AAACAGUCAUGACUCCCUCAGUGCGCUUACAGGAAAUGAUCCGGGUCAUCCGAAGUGCCCGGACACAAGGUGAGGAGAGGGGCAUCAUCCAAAGAGAGUGUGCGGAUAUCCGAGCGCAGUUUCGCCAGGGUGACAAUGGGGAGCGUUCACACAGCCUGGCAAAGCUACUCUACGUGCACAUGCUGGGCUACCCUGCACACUUCGGCCAGAUGGAGUGUGUACGUCUGAUUGCCAGCCCCAGGUACAACGAGAAGCGGAUUGGUUACCUGGGAGCCAUGAUGCUCCUAGAUGAGAAGCAGGAUGCUAGUUUACUGAUUACCAACUCAAUCAAGAA